AUGGAAGCAUUGUUCCAAGCACAGGCCAAGUUCCAGGCCUCACGCGGACUGGCCAAGAUUCGCGCCAGGCCAAACCAAAAUUACAAGCGUCAUGGCACAAAGUCAUACGUUUACCUACUGAACCGCUUCGGCUUCGCGCCGACCAAGCCCGGGCCGUACCGCCGGGUGACUACCCUACACCAGCGCGGCCUCGCACAGUCGCACGUUGCCAUUGGGGGCCGCGCGACCUUCGUCUCGCAUCUAGCCAAGGCGCUGGAUGCCGAGGGCAAGCAGACGGGAGAGGUCACGGCCGAGGACCAGCAAAACGACUCCGAAUAUCUAUGCGAGGUGUCAGUCGGCACGCCGCCGCAGAAGCUACUUCUCGACUUUGACACGGGCUCGUCUGAUCUGUGGAUAUUUUCCACCGAGCUGGACGCGGCAACGCAGAAAGGCCACACCGUCUUUGACCCAUCAAAAUCGUCCAGCUUCGAGAAGCUGCCCGGGCAGACGUGGCAGAUUUCCUACGGAGACGGCAGCUCCGCGUCCGGCGACUGCGGCAGCGACAACGUCACCAUUGGCGGUCUGACCAUCCAGGGCCAAACGGUCGAGCUCGCAUCCAAGCUCGCGGACCAGUUCGCCAAGGGCACCGGCGACGGACUCCUCGGGCUGGCAUUCCCGGCCAUCAACACGGUCAAGAAGGACGGGCAGCCGGCGCCCGCACAGACGCCCGUCGCCAACAUGAUCUCGCAGGGCGACGUGCCCAAGACGUCGCAGCUGUUCACCUCUGCCUUUUACAGCGAGCGUGACGCCAACGGGCCGGAGUCGUUUUACACGUUCGGCUACGUCGAUGACGCGCUUGUCAAGGCGUCCGGGCAGGACGUCGCGUGGACGGACGUCGACUCCUCGCAGGGCUUCUGGAUGUUCCCGUCGGCGAGCGCGUCCGUCGCCGGGAAGACGAUGGCGCUGGAAGGAAACACGGCGAUCGCGGACACGGGCACCACGCUGGCGCUCGUGUCCGACGCCGUGUGCGAGGCGCUCUACACGGCGAUUCCCGGCGCGCACUAUGACUCCCAGCAGCAGGGCUACGUGUUCCCACUGACGACAAAGGCGGAGGAUCUGCCCGAGUUCAAGGUUGCGGUUGGCGACAAGCUCUUCGUCAUCCAGCCGGAGGACUUGGCUUUUGCGCCGGCAGACGGGCAGAACUGGUACGGCGGCGUGCAGUCGCGCGGCGACAACCCGUUUGACAUUUUGGGAGACGCGUUUCUCAAGUCGGUGUAUGCGAUCUGGGAUCAGGGGAACCAACGAUUCGGCGCCGUGCCCAAGAUUGAAAAGACGCAGAACUUGACGCCCCCGAAGGCACAGUAA